AUGGCUUCAACAUCUACAAGACGAAUUGCAGUAAUCUUAGGAGUCGGACCUGGACUUUCAACCUCGAUAGCCAAAGCAUUAUCUCCUACACACUCCUUAUUAUUGCUCUCGAGAUCAUUACCUGAUUCUCUCCCCAAAUUGAACUUACCUUCUUCUAUACCCAAAGAGAAUAUACUGGCGUUACCCUCUGAUGGAUCGGUACAUUCUCUACAGAAAGCUUUUGAGGAUUUAAAGAAACAUUGGCCAGAGGGGAAGGUAGAUGUGGGUGUUUAUAACGUCAAUGAGAAAUUCAGCUUGAAAGGAUUUUUGGAAAGGGAUGAUAGUGAUUUAAAAGAUGGUUUAGAGAGCGGUGUUGUUGGUGGAUGGAAUUUAUCAAAAUCACUUUUACCUAUGUUUCUCUCCAAUUCACCUGAUUCAACGACCGGUGCAAAAGGAACGUUGAUCUUUACAGGAGCUACAAUGUCAUUAAAGGCAGGUGGUAAAUUCUCUUCAUUGGCAGCAGGAAUGUUUGCUCGUAGAGCUCUUGCACAAUCUCUAGCUAGAGAAUUCGGUCCGCAGGGUAUACACGUUUCACAUGUUGUCAUUGAUGGUAUUAUCGAUACCACCAGAGUACAAGGUAUGAUGGGUGAUGAUAAAGAUGAUAGACGACUUAAACCUGACGAUAUCGCUCAAACUUAUUUACAUCUUGUCAAUCAACCUAGAUCAGCUUGGACACAUGAAUUAGAUAUCAGACCUGAUACAGAAUCCUGGUAA